AUAAACGCACUUGAAACUCGCACAAAGUCGUGUGUCACACAGACGUUGAAUAUCAGUAUAAAAUGAUUGCCUUGUGUAUGAUAGAACAGUCUUAAAAUACGUUCGUCUGAUUCAAGAACAAACGCCACCAUGAAAACCAUUGCCUACUUGAUUGCUGUCGCCAUUGUUACGAUGGUAAUGGCGGAGGAUUGCCCAACCGGCAACGUCAAUGCAGAAUGCACCCAUAUGACUUGUGCAAACGGUUUUCACAAGGAAUGCGUUUACAGAGUUUGCACGUGCUCAACCAACACAGAAUGCGUGCUAGGGACCGACUGCCAUGAUACCGCGGAUAAAACCUGCAACCGGAAGUGGCACUGCGUAGACAAUAGGUGUCGCUGCUUCUGAACAACCGCAUGAUGCUCGUUCAUAGAAUAAUGUGAUCUGAUGUAGUUGAUGAUGACUUAAAUAAAGUACCGGGGAUACGGUUUAAAGAUU